AUACAGGUCUGCGAAGAUAUAACGGGAGAAGAGGGCCUAAAGGAGAAAAAGGUAACAGAGGGGAUCGUGGUUACAAGGGUCCACUUGGCCCAACGGGGAAUCCAGGAUCAGACGGACCAAAGGGAGCUGUAGGAGAACCUGGUCAAAAAGGUCGUAAGGGUGAACGAAGCCAUCUUAGAGGGGAAGCGGGAAUAGAUGGUCUUGAGGGAGAUCCUGGUCCGAAUGGACUUCCACCGCCAGAGACAAUCAGGAAUAUGUUGAUUCAUGCAUUAAACGAUUACCAGGUCAUACAAAGUGGUUUCUAUAACAACAUCUAUCAUGUGAAAUCACGUGAUUUGACUGAUGGUAGAUCAGACACUGGUGGGUGGGGAAGUGAAACUCCAAAGAUCGGAAACUUCAUUCAAGCAAUUUAUGCUCGUCCUGUCUACGCCACGUCAGUCACAGUGGCAGGAGGUUUCAUACCAUCUUGGGGAAACGACGUCAAACGAGGAUAUGGAAAUUUAGCCCUGGAAUACUCAUCAGACGGCCGAAACUGGGAAAGUGUGAUUGGACAAUUGUUUUUGGACGUCACAAUUCCUUCACCGGUGGCACAGGAAUUAAUCACGGUAACAUUCCGACCGGUAACAGCUCAAUACUGGCGCCUAAUCUCAACAGAAGAUAAAUGGGUUGGAACAACUGAGUUUGCAUUGAGACCUCUGAUCAUGGCGACUUGAAUAUUA